UGGGUUUUAAUCUGCGGUAAAAUCUAAAAUAGUUUGUGUGAUAUACGUUUAUAAUUUAAGUACCGUAUAGCAGAAUACAUUUUCCUUGUCAGGCAGUAUAACAUAAACACCAAUUAUAUUAGGUGUGAGUUAUAAUACGUAAGUUGAAAGAUUUUAGUAUUAUUGAAUUACUGUUAAACAAAUACCAUUUAACUUCCUGGUUCUGAUGUUUAAAAACGAAACGGAAGACAUAUAAGAGAGAAAAAAUUCGGGCAACAUGGGUCAAUCUGCCUGUUGUCAGUCUGAAGAAGAGUCAUUGCCUCUGCAACGUGUGCCAUGUCCUGAAGGUGUGCGUCAUAAAGGUGUGCCAUUUCCUGAGCUGCUUCACGAAGUUGAGAGGGAUGCGAAUAGGUGGCUAAGUAAUAUAUCACAUAUGCGCAAAAAUCGACCAUAUGGACCCCAAACUGUUGACUGGUUUAGACAGGAGUGCUUAGAAUCAGAACGACUACUUCACAACAUACGAUUUGUACCAACGUUGAUGGCAGUACCAAGAGUCGAAAGCCUUCCACAUCGAGCGAAGUUGGAUCAAGCCAAGAAACGACCACCACCCGUCUCUAAGCCCGAACAACAACAGGGAAAAAAAGAAGAUAAAGUUAAGAAAGAAGACAAUCCUGUACAGACAAACUUAAAUGUAGAGCUUCAAUCUCGUCUGGACAAUGCCUUGGAACACAAUCGCCGCCUCGAGGAAUCUAACAAACGGCAUCUGGCAGAAAACGAAGAUCUUUUACUUCGACUGAGCCGACUGGCAGGUCAAAGACUGACUGAUGGAAACCCAAACAUCGCAGACUUAAGCGAUCACAACAGACCAACAAAACUUGGAGAGAUGUACAGUGAAUUGUACGACAACGAAUGGACAGACGCUUUCGACGGAUUGAUAAGAGCAGGAUACGACGAGUUUGAUACAAUCAAAACAUUAGAACUAACACUGCAAAAUAUUUACAGUUUUUGUGCAACAAAGGCGGAACAAAUGCUGACCCAGACGGAAGAGGCUGUAAAUUGUUUGUUUAAAGAGUACAAAAUGCUAACAGAGAAAAACAAGAAUGCUCGGGGACAUCUCACAGUUACGAAAAAUCAGUCCCGGGGAAUUACGCACCAUUUGAGUGAAAAGGAGCAGGAAUUUAACCUCUUUGAAAUGUGGAAACCAAUAAAACCAAUGAAUCCUGCUGCUGAGAAUCACAAGAGUGUGGAUUCAAAAGAGGGGGAUAUUCAGCCUAUUCGUGUCACGGAUAGAAUGGUUAAACUUCGAAAGGAGAUGUCGGAAUCAAUGGUGCCAGUUGUCCAAAAGGCCUAUAUCGAAGCAAGUUGGGAUUCAGGCUGUGUUGACGAAUUGAAAACCUUCAUCAUGAAAUGUAUCUACGUUUGCUGGAUGAUGGUUGUGCAAAAUCCACAAAUGGUUUUUUUCGUGCCUGAACUGGGAACCGACGUCAACACAAGUAUGUUCAAAACGUACACAAGAAACGGAAAAGCUGUUGAUUUCAUCGUUUGGCCAGCCAUGAUGUUACACAAAAAAGGCUCUGUUGUUUGCAAGGGUGUUUUGCAACCAAAAUGAACAUUGUUUACAAAACAAACGACGACAUUAUAUAUAUUAUUCCUUCCGAUACAUACAAUCAUUGUUUUCAUGAAUAAAUCAAAGGCAUGCAGUGAACUUAUAGGCGAUAUGUGUGUCAUCAAUGUAUACCUAUAUUCAUGUUCUGCUUGUAUUAUGAAUAGUGCAUCAUAAUAGCUUACAUAUUAUUAAGCCAAUGAAGUCUUGUAUUUCACAUACCUGUGUGAAACAUAAUUUGAACGUUAUAAGUUGAAGUACUGUCAUGCUGUGCAAUUCAGACAAUAUUUUAUAGCCUUUGUAUAUUUUACUACUUUGCUUGUCCCUAUAUAGUUACUAUUAUAUUAUUUAUAUAUAACCAGCAAAAGAAUCAUUAAAACAUAAGUUAACACGAUUACAACAUUGAUUAGUUUUAAUUUUAAUCAGCUUCAUACAUACUUACAACUCAACAUUUUAUUAGAAUUUCUCUCAAUGAGUGUGCAUUUUUCAUUUUGAAAACUGUCAUAUACAUGCUGUCAAUCAGAACGAUCGUUUCAAUUUGAUUCUUUUUAUCACAUGCUGUUGCUACAAAUCAGUCAGAUGCUUUAUGUUACGGAAAUGUAUGUGUAAGGUAUUGACCCGUGUUCAAAAUCAUAGAAAAGAACUAGGAUAUCUUUCAAGCCUGCAUUGUCUGUAAAGAACUAAAAUUACAUUUUGCAUGUAUAAAGGAUGCACCAGCUAACAUAGGCUAUAAAUUAUCUGAGGAUUACGCCAAUUUCGACAAUGGCAUUGUAGAUGUCAGGCAACCUGUGCUAAGCUUGCAAAACGAAUUUUAAUAGAUAUAAUUUUCACUUGGACUUCUCUCAAGGAUGGUUCACUACCUUCAAUAGUUAUAUUGUACGAAUUUCGGUUUAAGAAGUUACUUUUUCAUUAUUUAUUUUAUUUACCAUCUAAACCUUAAUUGUUUAGUUUUGCUGUUGUUAAAUUUAUUGUAUUCUCACAUUAUUAUUUUAUUUUGAACAAUAUAGUCAUCAAUAAAUAAAGAUACUUAAAAUAUG